AUGAAGGGCAUUGCAGACCUGAUCGACUCCGACAUGGAGGAAGCGGUACCUUUUAUCGACGAAAAUUCGAUUCUGUCUUCUGCCUCCGACGCGACCAAUGCCACCACCGCGACAGCGACGCAGACAAAACGCGGCAAAAAAAGACAGCGCGUCACAAUGCCCUCAAAAGCAAAGUCGAAAUCAGAAAAGAGUGCUGCAUCAGACGCGAAAAUCCCCUCUUCGAGACGAACUGCUGGCGUGAAGCGCAAGGCGGUCGAAGAUCACACGGCCGACCAAGAUUCCAAUGGUAACCUCGAUGAGACGCUGAGAGACUCCGAGGCGCAGAUAUCAUCAACCGCGCCGAAAGCUAAAAGGGGGAGGCGCGCCAAAACCAAGGCGAAAACAGCGCAUGAUGCUGCAGAGACGGCCGAGAAUGAACAUGUGGAAAGAGAGAAUGGAGAUGUAUCACCCGUGGCAGUGCGCUCGAAACACGCCGCAUCUCGUACGAAGAGGGAAGCUCCAAAGAUCUCCGCCAAAAUAAGCACUUCUACAAAACCGAAAAUAGCUCUUCAACCUCAAUCUUCUGCAGUAGUAACACCUCACGAGGAGAGUGAAGAGAUUGGGGAAGAAUCGGAAGUUGCUAUGGCACCAAAAGGCAGGGCGACUGUGAGAGAUACAUCGAGAACGAGGCAAGAUCCGCCUUAUCGACGGCGGGCAGGAAGUGCGUCGGACACCGAACGAGGUGAUCCCAACCUCCGGCGCAAGCUAGGAGAUAUCACCCGCAAGUUCGAGAACGUGGAUUUGAAGUACCGUAAUCUCAAAGAAGUGGGCAUACACGAGGCAAACGCGAAUAUGGAGAAGCUCCGCAAGCAGUGUGAGGCGACUAUACAGGCAUCGAACAACCUAAUAGCAUCACUCCGGAAGGAGUUGGCUACACAAGCCCCUCUAGCGCACGAGGCACGCAUGCUCCACAAACAGGUACAGAACCAGGAAGCAGAGAUGGAACAAAUGCGCGACACAUCCUUGCAGCUUUCAACCUCUCUGGCCGAUGCCCAAAACGAGAUCAAAGGACUACAAGCCAAGCUGGUAGCAGCACGAGCAUCGUCGGUUGAUAACCCGAAACCUCCUAGCAGCGCGAUGAAAAGUUCUGCACAACGUCACCUCCCGGGAGAAGCUGCUCAGGCUGUGCAGAUAGCACAAAUGAAGGAGGACCUGUACAGCGACCUUACAGGACUUGUUAUCCUCAACGUGAAAAAGACAGAAGACGGUGACACAUACGAAUGCAUCCAGACUGGUCGUAACGGGAGUGAGUCUGACCUAUGGUUCAUAUGUUCACAAGCUAACAAUCAAACAGCGUUGCAUUUCAGACUGUUUAUUGACCAGGAAAUUGCAAAGGGUAUGAGUUUCGAGGAAACGGAGUACCUGUACACACCAUUGCUGGACCGCGACCGGGAUCAAGAGAUGAUGAAGAUAAUGCCUAGCUAUCUGACGGAGGACAUCACUUUUGCAAGACACAACGCAGCCAAAUUUUACGGCAGGGUCGUGGACACCAUCACCAAGAAAAGGGGCGACGAGUGA